CAGUGCCAGUGCAGGAGCAAUUUUUUGACAAUUAUGCACACACAGAAAACUAUCUUCAAUCCUGCAUCCCAUCGUUGAAUGUCCUUUUCGAUACGAGUACCGACGUCGACCCGGCUACUUUGGCGGGGCAGCCCAGCAUCUUUCGAGAAGCGUGUCCUCCGGAGUCGUCUCAGAACCCAGUUAGAUCUAGGCCUCCUUCCAAUUUGUGCAUGUUGUUCGCAUACAGAAUUUCUGAUAUGUGUAAGGUGACGAAAGCAAUGCAAUACAAUUAUAAAGAUUUCAACACGGAAAUGAUGAAGUCUUUUCUCCAACAUUCACAAACUGUCAUGGAUGAACAGAAAUUCUGUGGGGAAAUGACUGCUGCUCCACCACAGGGACAGACGUCAAUCACGCUCAGUCUGUCGGAGACCUACUAUAUGAGCCAGGCGGCCGGAGUGCAAGUAGCUCGACCAUUGCCGUUGGAUCCUUCUACUUGUUCACUUCUGUGGAAGUCAAUGGACUGUGACCAGCGUGAGCUUAACUCGAUCUGCCAGGUCUAUGCUUUCCUUGCUACGAUAGAAGGUCCUAUUUUAGAAAGCCAGAAAGUGACACUGGACACUCCUGGAGACCUUCAACCCAAUGAACCACAAUCGCCAGGUACACAAGCAGAGGAUAAUGCAUCAGAUCAAUCCAAGACCGCAAGCAACCCAGGCGAGCAGGGAAAAGGUGUGGAAGAAACCCCAGAUGCUGAAUUGCAGCGUCCAUCCGGUGAAGAUGCCCAACCUAAGAAUCCAGCUGAGGUCCCUAUCAAUGGAAAUCCUCUUGUCCGGAACCCAGAGAAUCCAGCUGAGUUCCCUAUCAAUGGAAAUCCUCUUGUCGGGAACCCAGAGAAUCCAGCUGAGGUCCCUAUCAAUGGAAAUCCUCUUGUCGGGAACCCAGGGAAUCAAGCUGAGGUCCCUGUCAAUGAAGUUCCUGUCGUGAAACUAGGGAAUCAAGCUGAGGUCCCUGUCAAUGAAAUUCCUGUCGGGAACCCAGGGAAUCAAGCUGAGGUCCCUGUCAAUGAAAUUCCUGUCGGGAACCCAGGGAAUCAAGCUGAGGUCCCUAUCAAUGAAACUCCUGUCGAGAACCCAGGAAAUCAAGCUGAGGUCCCUGUCAAUGAAAUUCCUGUCGAGAACCCAGGGAUUCAAGCUGAGGUCCCUGUCAAUGAAAUUCCUGUCGGGAACCCAGGGAAUCAAGCUGAGGUCCCUAUCAAUGAAACUCCUGUCGGGAACCCAGGGAAUCAAGCUGAGGUCCCUAUCAAUGAAGUUCCUGUCGGGAACCCAGGGAAUCAAGCUGAGGUCCCUGUCAAUGAAAUUCCUGUCGGGAACCCAGGGAAUCAAGCUGAGGUCCCUAUCAAUGAAACUCCUGUCGGGAACCCAGGGAAUCAAGCUGAGGUCCCUAUCAAUGAAGUUCCUGUCGGGAACCGAGGGAAUCCAGCUGAGGUCCCUGUCAAUGAAGUUCCUGUCGUGAACCCAGGGAAUCAAGCUGAGGUCCCUAUCAAUGAAACUCCUGUCGGGAACCCAGGGAAUCAAGCUGAGGUCCCUAUCAAUGAAGUUCCUGUCGGGAACCGAGGGAAUCCAGCUGAGGUCCCUGUCAAUGAAAUUCCUGUCGGGAACCCAGGGAAUCAAGCUGAGGUCCCUGUCAAUGAAACUCCUGUCGAGAACCCAAGGAAUCAAGCUGAGGUCCCUAUCAAUGAAGUUCCUGUCAUGAAUCCAGUUGAGGUCCCUAUCAAUGAAAAUCCUGUCGUGAACCCAGGGAAUCCAGCUGGGAGCCCUAUCAAUGAAAAUCCUGACGUGAACCUAGGGAAUCCAGCUGAGGGCCCUAUCAAUGAAAUUCCUGCCGUCAACCCAGGGAAUCCCGCUGCUUAUUGGAACCGAGAAGAAGAUGCUUCAGAGCAGCCACAAGCUCAAGUUCCGGAUAAAGCAUAUAGAAUUCCGAUCAAAUCUAAAGCAGUUCCCUUGAAGCCUGUAAGGAUAGCCGACCAUCCAGCUUGCAUCGCGGACGUUCAACAUAUUUGCCCUCGGAACAUGGAGAAAGGAAAUAAUUUUGCCGUUCUGGACUGUUUACAAAUGGCAGACAGUGAUAUAUCAGCAGAUUGUAAUCACUUUCUGUGGAAUUACAAGAAGAAUUUGACCACUGAUUAUCGCUUUGAUAAUGCUGCCGCUGAAGUAUGCAGAGAGGACUUGGCAAAGCUCCAAGAUUGCAGCGGCCUUGACAAAGGUAAAGGUCUGGUUCUCCCGUGCCUCCUCGAUCACGUAGAGGACAUCAGCAUCGACCAGUGCACCCAGUACCUUAAUAGGAUGAAGCAGAUCAUCUUCAGUGACUACAGGCUCAUCACAGGCUUCUAUCAGUCCUGCAAUGAUGACAUCGACAAGUUCAAGUGUGACGUCAUCAACGAAGAUGGGGUGCCUUCGCUUAACAAGCCCCAGCCACCACACUCCCAAGGUGGCACCAUCCAUUGCCUGGAGAAGAACAUCCAAUCCCUGGACAAGGCCUGCAAGCUUCAGAUCCUUCGCGUGGCUGAGCUCUCCUCCAACGAUUACCAUGAGGACAGGUCCCUCUUCUUCGCCUGCAAGGAAGAUCGGGAGAGGUUCUGCGCCUACUUACAUGCCGGUCAGGGCAACAUCUACAAGUGCCUCAAGGAACACAAGUUCAGUCCGGAGAUGAGCACGGAUUGUAAAGAGAAGCUUACUACCCGGCAGAAGGUUGUUGCCCUGGAUUACAAGGUGAACUUCAGGCUGCAGCGUCGGUGCAAGAAGGAGAUACAGAACGCUAGAUGUCAGGAAACAGCAGCCAAAACCAAGGAGGUCAAAUUGGCUGAAAUUUUGAUAUGCUUGGGAAGUGCUGGCAGAGCAGGACACAAAAUCAGCGGAGAAUGCCAGGCUGAGCUGACCGAUACCCGCAAGGAGAUCAUGUCCGACUAUAUGAUCAACCCUGGGCUCGUCAAGGCCUGCUCCAGUGAGAUUGAUGUCCAGUGCAAGGGCUUGAGACGAGAGGGAAAGACCAUCCACUGCCUCAUGGCGCUGGCUAAGAAGGGAGGUAUAUCGGCUGAAUGCAAGAAGGGGCUGUCUACUCUCAUGGAAGAGGCUGGUGCUGGAUCAGACUACAGAAUAGACCCCGCUCUUCGCAAUGCUUGUAAGGAGUCCAGAGCCCUUCUCUGCCCCAAGGAAGACGAUGCUGAAACUCUGUCUUGUUUAAUGGAUAAUAUUGAAGAUAACCAGAUGAUGGAUAACUGUGCUGAAAAGCUUUUGGAAAUACAAUAUUUCAUCUCCAGAAAUUUCAGGCUAGACCCUCUUCUCUUUAAAAACUGUGAAUCGGAUGCCGGAACAUUUUGCUACGAGGAGCAGUGGCAGGAAAAAGAGGAGACUCCCAGCGGACUUGUAUUCUCCUGUCUUCAUCGUCAUCUCCAUGACCACUCCCAACCACUUCAAUCCCGUUGUGCUGACCAAGUCCACCGUGUUCUCCGUCAGAGGGCUGUGAGCGUGUACCUCAACCCAAGGAUAGAAGAGAACUGCCGGGUCGAUUUGGGCGCGCACUGUAACGACAAGACCAAGAGAGGAGAGGAAUUGAGGUGCCUUCAAGACCACCUGGAUGAUCUGGGACAGAAGUGCAGGCAAGCUGUGGGCAACUUCACUGUGGAAGAAGCAGAAGAUGUGCAGAUGAACAGGAAGCUCAUCGCAGCAUGCGCUCCAAUGCUCAGGAAGUUCUGCCAGGAUAAGUUGAAAGCUAAGAGAGUUGAUGAAGGAGAAGCUUUGAAAUGUUUGAUAGAACACAAGAAUGAUGAUGAGAUGGAGGCUAAAUGCCAGGCCAGCAUUGAACAUUUUCAACUUAUUCAGUUGAAAGAUUACCGAUUCACUUUCAAAUUCAAGGAAAGCUGUCACAAAGAUGUUCUUAAACUCUGCAAAGGAAGCCGAGAUAAGCCCUCUAUCAUCAAUUGCCUGACCUUAGCUGUGCGUGAUAGUGUCUUACAACAAAAGGAACCACCUGUAGAUCCAGAGUGCCGCUCGCAACUUAAGUUUGAGUUACUUCAGAGGAAUGAAAACAUCAAGUUCGAUCCCGAGCUCACGAAAGCGUGCGGCGAGGAAGUCACCAAGCUUUGCCCCACGGUGACCCAGGGCAAUGCCAGGGUGAUGGAGUGCCUAUGGUCCCACCAGGAAGAACUGGGCAAUGACUGCCACGUCAAGGUCUUCAACAGGGAGAAAGAGAUGGCUGCCAAACCUGACAUUGAUUAUGCCCUCAUGCAUUCCUGCAAGAAAACCAUCAAGACCAAGUGUAAAGACGUAGACCCUGAUAAAUUGAUUGACUGUCUGAAAGAGCACAAAGAUGAUCCUGGUACAGGACCAAGAUGCAGGAUGGUGCUGAACAAGCGGCAGAUAGAGCGCAACUCUAACAUCAUGCUCAAUCCUCUGCUGCGCAAGGCCUGCAAGAUGGACAUUCCAAAGUUCUGCAAAGACGUGGAGAAUGAGAUGAAGAGUAACCCCACUGACAUGGAGGGAAAGAUCAUCGGCUGCCUCAGAGGGCAGUUCUCCAAGAGACAACCUACGUUAAGUCCGGCCUGUGACAAGCAUAUGGGUGGAUUGUUGAAGGAAGGUGCAGAGGAUUACCGGCUGGACCGCAACUUGGUCAAGUACUGCUCCCAUACCAUCAAAGAGAAAUGUUCCGAGGAGAUGGAUAACCCUGGAACUGGUAGAGUGGAGGAGUGCCUCAAGGCUCAUCUUAGUGAAAUCAAGGAUGAAAAAUGCCAACAGCAACUGGUAAAUCUUUUCCUUGAGGGCCUAGCCGAUAUCCAUGUUGAUCCUCUGCUCUACAAGGCUUGUGCUUUAGACAUCAAACAUUACUGUGCAGGCAUCCCACAAGGACAGGGCCAACAGAUUUCCUGUGUACUGGAGGCUUUAGAUGAGGAAGCAGUACAUUUACAACCUGAUUGCAAGAGGAUGAUGUUGGAAAGAAGAGAAAUGUGGGAAUAUGCUGCACGGUUGGUACCAGCCCUAAGUUUCCGGUUUUUCCCGGUUUUUGCGGGACAAUCCCGUACUCUGGGACAUCCUGCAUCCUUCAAUUUCCAUUAUUUUUGUUUAUUCUUUUUAUUCUUUUUAAUUUGUUUAUAUUUUUUGAAAAAGAAAUCUGAUCUUAAGCAUUAAAAAUUCUUAAUGCCUACAUGCCUAAAAGUGCCGAAACCCAUGAGCUUUCAGGGGCCUCAGGCAUUACAUUUCUUUGAUCUAUACAACCAGAUCAGAAAUUAACGACAUGGUGGUUUAGCCGGCACUAUGUGACAGCUACUUAAGCCUUAAAGGUAAUACAAAGUUUUGGGAAAUUUUGAAAAUUGGGUGGAAAGUGAAUCUUUACAAUUUUAUAUAUUUG